GCCAGAAUUUCGGAGCGCGGCCUCCCCGCUAGGCGCCCCCUCCGCAGCUGUCGCUCGGCGCCAUGCGAGGCUUCGGGCCAGGUCUGACGGCGAGGUAUCUCCUUCUUCUGCGUUCCCCGCUGCGGCCGCCGCGGCCGCCCGGGUCCCGGCUGUCCAGCGGGCCGGCGGCGGCGCCUGGUGCCCUGGAGCGGGCCAUGGACGAGCUGCUGCGCCGCGCCGUGCCGCCGACGCCGGUCUACGAGCUGCGCGAGAAGACGCCGGCGCCCGCCGAGGGCCAGUGCGCGGACUUCGUGUGCUUCUACGGCGGCCUGAGCGAGGUGGCCGAGCGGGCCGAGCUGCUGGGCCGCCUGGCGCGGGACUUCGGCGUGGACCACGGCCAGGUGGCCGAGCAGAGCUCCAGCCUGCUCCAGCUGCGCCAGCAGCAGCGGGAGGCGGCCGUGCUGCUGCAGGCCGAGGACCGGCUGCGCUACGCGCUGGUGCCGCGUUACCGCGGCCUCUUCCACCACAUCAGCAAGCUGGACGGCGGCGUGCGCUUCCUGGUGCAGCUGCGGGCGGACCUGCUGGAGGCGCAGGCCCUCAGGCUGGUGGAGGGGCCAGACGUCCGGGAAAUGAGUGGGGUGCUGAAAGGCAUGCUCUCGGAGUGGUACUCUGCCGGGUUCCUGAGCCUGGAACGCGUCACCUGGCACUCAUCCUGUGAAGUGCUUCAGAAAAUCAGUGAGUCUGAGGCCGUGCACCCUGUCCGCAGCUGGAUGGACAUGAAGCGCCGCGUGGGGCCUUACCGCAGGUGCUACUUCUUCUCCCACUGUUCAAUCCCUGGGGAGCCCCUGGUGGUUCUGCACGUGGCCCUGACCAGCGAUAUCACCAACAACAUCCAGGCAAUAGUGAAGGAAUGCCCCCCGUCGGAAACAGAGGAGAAGAGCAGAAUUGCUGCUGCCAUCUUUUACUCCAUCAGUUUGACGCAGCAGGGACUGCAGGGAGUAGAGCUAGGGACAUUCCUGGUGAAGCGUGUCAUCAAGGAGCUGCAGAAAGAAUUUCCUCACCUGGGGACAUUUUCCAGUCUGUCUCCUAUACCUGGGUUCACCAAGUGGCUCCUGGGGCUUCUGCACUCACCAAUGAAAGAGCUUGGGCGGAACGAACCUUUUACGGAUUCAGAAUGUAAAGAACUGUCGGAGCUCACUGGUGGCCCCAUCAAUGAGACUCUCAAGGGUCUUCUGGGCAGCAGCGAAUGGGUGAAGUCUGAGAAGCUGGUGCGGGCACUACAGGCCCCACUGAUGCGGCUGUGUGCUUGGUACCUGUACGGGGAGAAGCACCGGGGCUACGCUCUGAACCCCGUGGCCAACUUCCACCUGCAGAACGGGGCGGUGCUGUGGCGCAUCAACUGGAUGGCCGACACCAGCCUAAAGGGUCUUAGCGGCUCCUGCGGCCUGAUGGUCAACUACCGCUACUACCUGCACGAGACGGGCUCCAACAGUACCGCCUACCUGGGCUCCAGGAACAUCAAGGCCUCCGAGCAGGUGCUCAGCCUGGUGGCCCAGUUCCAGAAGAACAGCAAGCUCUAGGAGGAAACCUCCCCUAAAGCACAUGCCCCUGGCCCAGGGCUGGGAAGAUGAAAACAUCGUGGACAGGGCAGGUCGUGUAGCAGAGGGAGCUUUCUGAGUAAAGCUGGUGUUGACCCUGUCCUCUGGCCCACAGGGUUGUGCCGUGAGGACGGGCCUUCACUUCCACUGUGCAGGAAGGAGGUGCUGCCUGACACAGACAGGGCCUGAUGCAGGUGGACACGGACAGGCGGGUCAGUGUGCUCCCCAGAAGGGUCUGCUGAGGCCUUCAGCCUGACACCCUGCCCGGGGUGGGUGCUGUGGCAUCUCCAGCCUCAGGCUCUACAGUUCUCAUCCCAGGCGGGUCAGUCGGCCUCCUGAGGACCAGGGCCAGUGGCCCAGAGGAGAACAGAUUUAAUGGAGCUUCUAGAAUGUAAUUUGGUGAUGAUUGCUUUAGCCAUUUCUCUCCACUUAAUAAAAAGGGACAUAGGGCUCUGCUACACUUUACCAGUUAAACUCUGAAGUUCAUAAAUAUACGAAAAGGUUUGUGAUUCUGCACAAAUAUAGCACAGAAGCUGCUGCUGGAGCUGGAUUGACAGGGAUUUACAUUCAUAAUGAACUGCAUAGUACGGAACAAGUCUGUUCUCCAAAGCGGUAAACGUGUGAUCAUUUCACUGAGCUUGCCUUUAAGAUAGGAGGCUGGUAAGGCUGGAGUCAGCUCUGAGGUGUCAGCUGUGCCGUCGUCCCUAGCUGGAGCUGGGGCAAUUGUGUUCUGGGAAGGAGCCAAGGGUGCAGGAUGAGGACAAAGAUGAGGGACGGCUGUGGCUGUGGGAGGAAGGGGAGCGUGCGUCUGUGCGUGUGUCAGCAUAAGUGUGUCCGUGUCUGCGUGUGCGUGUGUCAGCACACGUGUGUCCAUGUCUGCGUGUGCAUGUGUCAGCACACGUGUCUGCGUGUGUCCGUGUCCACGUGUGCGUGUGUCAGCACACGUGUGUCCGUGUCCGCGUGUGCAUGCGUCUGUGCGUGUCAGCACACGUGUGCCUGCGUGUGCGUGCGUCUGUGCGUGUGUCAGCACACGUGUGUCCGUGUCCGCGUGUGCGUGCAUCUGUGCGUGUGUCAGCACACGUCUGUGGUUGCAGUGCCCUCCUGUCCUCAGGCAGACAGGUCGUCCCCUUCCUUCAUUUCUCAUCUUUAAGACCCAGAGGGCACUAAAUUCUCACCAUCCCCGGUCCUUCUCUGCCAUCUCCCGUGUCUGACACUUGGCCUCAUAACAGGGGUGUGACAGUGGUCACUGGUGGAGGCUGUCUUGUGCCUCCUCCAGUGCCUUGGACUGGCUCCGAAGGCCCUGAGGAUGAGAGAGGGCCUCGGAGGAGAGAGGGCCAUGUGGCCUGGCAGGCACACCCACCCCCGUCAUUGUCACAGAUGUCCCUGCAGCCCGACUUUGGCUACCACCAUCAUGCUUGCCUGAAUAAGGGUUCUGUAAUCUGUCAUCCCCUUAUUUGGAUAUUAAAAUGGUUGCUGCUC